UAAUAAUUCUUAGAUUAAUAUUUUCUUAUAAGUAUUCAAUACUAUGCCUUUUCGUGAUUGGAUCGAAUUGGAAAGUGAUCCAGGUUUGUUUACAUUGUUGGUUUAUGAUUUUGGUGUGAAAAAUGUGGAAGUUGAGGAAGUUUAUGAUUUAUCUAAAUCUAUGGAAAAAAAGGUAUAUGGUCUUAUAUUUUUGUUCAAGUGGACAGAAGAACGUAAGUCCAGAAGGAAAGCUGCAGUUAUUGAAGAAAACUUCGUUUUUGAUGACAGUUUCAUUGAAGAUAUGUUCUUUGCCCAGCAGGUUAUUCCGAAUUCUUGUGCAUCUCAUGCUUUGCUUAGCGUAUUAUUAAAUAUUCCAGACCUCAAUCUUGGUCAUACAUUGAAACAACUUCGAGAUUCAACAAAAGGGUUUGAUUCUGAGACAAAAGGACUUGCUAUCAGCAAUUUUAGAAACAUUGGAAUUGCUCAUAAUAAUCAUGGAAGUCCAGAUUUUCGUAAACUUGAAAGAAUGAAAAGUGUGUCUACUGCGACUCGUUCCAUGGAAGCAUUCCAUUUCGUCAGUUAUAUACCUUACAAAGGAAGGCUUCUUGAACUUGAUGGACUCAAACCAUACCCUAUAGAUCAUGGUCCUUGGAGUUCUGAGGAAAAUUGGACUGAUAAAGCUCGUCAAGUUAUACAAGAUAGAAUCCAAUUAGCAACUGGAGGGGAACUGUCUCAUGAUAUUCGGUAUAAUCUAUUAGCAGUUGUUCCUGAGCAACGUGAGAUUCUUAAAGAAAAACUAGCAGUUCUCUCUCACAACAAAAAGGUUCUAAUUGAACUUUUCAAAAACCUUGCUUCUAAGGAAUCUUUUGUGAGUGAGUUGCCAAGUCCAAGUGCUAUGUUGAAGGACUACCCCCCGUACCAUGUAGAUUUCCCUAAAAUUGAGGUUGAAUCAUCUUCAACACAUAGCCAUUCAUCAUCAACCGUUCAAGGGCCUGAAUGUGGUAGUAAUGUUUAUUCUGACAGUGAAGACAGUUCUGUUGACACUUAUCGGACAAAAUCUCUUUUGAGAGGCACUUCAAAACCUGUUAUUUAUAUUUAUGGUGGUAGUGGUGCAGACACAGUUAAUGGUGGUGUUAAUGGUGUUGAAACAGCGGGUACUCAUUUAAAAAAUAAUACAGAAACAAGUUUAAAACGAACAAUUAUAGAUUCCUCAAAUGAUACUUGUGAUAGUGGAAUUAAAAAGCAAAAACAAAUACUUAACGAAAGCAUAUUGGACUCUGUUGAUAAUAAUAACAAGUUGCUUACUGAAAACACAUGUUCACUAAUAAAUAAAAAUUUUAUAAUAAAAAAAGAAGAACUUCAGGACAAUAAUGAAAUAAAUAAAUUAAAAAUUGAAAAUGAAACAAGUAAUGAAGUGAAUGAAAAUGAGAAAAAAGAUUCAGCUGGACUUGGUAUUGAAAUUAUUGCAGAUGAUGCUGACAUAACAUCACUUCUUGAUCAAAAUAAAGUUGAAAGGUUAUCUCUAGAUCAUUUAAUGAAAUACCAGGAUAAAAUAAAAUUACAAGAUGUUCAAAAAAGCAUGCAAGAUUUAGAUGAACUGUACAAAGGCUUUCAGCUAUCAUAUAAAGAAGAACUGAUUAAAGUUGAGAAAUACAAGGUUGAGGACUGUAGAAGAAGACAUGAUUAUGACCCAUUUAUUUCAACAUUUCUCACAAUGCUUGCGGACCAAGGACAAAUUGCUGAAGUGCUUGAACGCCAAAAAGGAGUAGUAAAGAACGUUGUUCUAAAUACAAAAAGAAACGGACUUAAAAAAGAUAUUCAUAACAAGAAAAAAACUCGAGCUAAAAGUAAAUAACAUUCAAAAUUUGAAAAUAAAAAAAGAAGAAAUAGUAUUAAAAAAAAAAA